CGAGGGUUCCAUUAUUAUUCACGAACAUGCUUAGGAUGACCAGAUUCAAUUUUUCACGUGCUGAAUUUGAAGCCCAAUCCCUUUCCCCCCUCUAAAUUUGGAACAUCAAAUUCCAUGGAAUUUCAAUCUCCAAUUCUGUUUCUUCCAAAUCCCGCUCCCAAUUCUUCUCUAAUUCCUCCCCCAAUUCCUCUCCGAUUCUAGUUCAGGCACAGCACAGAAGGCCAAUCGAAUAGAAUCGAAUCGAAUCGAAUCAAAUCUCUGUGAUCUGCAAUCAUGGGAUUCAAAUCUCUCUUCUCCCUAAAGAUCAAGAAAUCCGAUGCUUCCACCGACUCACCGCUUCGAUCUACGGCGGUCCCCGUUCUCGGAUCUCGAACGCCGUCUUUCAAUUCGAAUUCUCGAGAGCAACUCGCGGAGCUCCAGCAAGUAUUCAAGAAAUUCGAUGUCAACGGCGACGGCAAGAUCUGCUCCUCUGAACUCGGAUCCAUUAUGCGGAGCCUCGGCCAGCCGGCCACCGAGGAGGAGCUUCAGAGCAUGAUCGAGGAGGUGGAUGCUGACGGCGACGGCUACAUCGACCUCCACGAGUUCAUCGAGCUCAACAUCAAGGACGUCGAUUCCGACGAGGUGCUCGCGAAUCUGAAGGACGCGUUCUCUGUUUACGACAUCGACGGAAACGGAUCCAUUACGGCGGAGGAAUUGCACGAGGUUUUGAAGAGCUUGGGCGACGAAUGCUCCUUGGCGGAUUGCCGGAAGAUGAUCACCGGCGUCGACAAAAACGGCGACGGAAUGAUUAGUUUCGAUGAAUUCAAAGUGAUGAUGAUGAUGAGCGGUUCUCGAUCCGGCUUCAGUGUUUAAUUAAUUACCAUUCAUAAUUAUUCGAGUAAAUUAGGUAUGUUGCUAACAUUUUCCGUUGCUUUAUUAUAUAAUUAGGAAUUAUUUGCUU